AUGGCCGCCAAACAAAUCAGAGAUAUCCAAACAACCUUCCACGAUGAAGAAAACAACCUUCUUUUUGAGAAGAAUGUCAGCAUUCCCAUUCCUGAUUCCGAGUAUCCUGUCCGAUGCAACAUCUAUCGACCGUUGAAUUCCUUGGCCACGGCAAAGCCCGCCCUCCCGGUGAUUAUGACCUACGGACCGUAUGGAAAAGAUAUCGAAUAUAGCAAAUUUCAUCCCCAAUCGUUCUCAGAGAUAGAUCCAGAACAGAGAUCCAAAUAUUCCGCAUGGGAAACGCCCGAUCCCGUCUUCUGGACCUCACACGGCUUUGCAGUUGUGCGUUGCGACGAACGGGGAUUCGGACAGUCUCCUGGUUUUCUUGAUUCCAUGUCCAAGGAUACGGCCGCCGCUUUUUGCCAUGCUAUUGAGUGGGCAGCCCAGCAGCCGUGGUCCAACGGUAGGGUUGGCCUCCUUGGAGUCAGUUACUUUGCUGGUACUCAAUGGCGUGCCGCGGCUGCGCAACCGCGCGGACUCUCUUGCAUCCUUCCCUGGGAGGGUAUGUCCGACUACUAUAGAGAUCGCUGCCGCCAUGGUGGGAUCCUUUCCGACGCAUUCAUCAGAUUUUGGUGGGAUCGUCAAGUCAUCACAAACCAGUAUGGGCGGCCAGGUCGGGCAGCAGCUGGGCGAGGGGAUGAUACAAUCGAGGGGGAUCUGUCAGAGGAAGACCGUCAGAGAAAUCGACGGGACCAGAACUUCGACAACGAAGUGCAUCGUUUCCGAGACCAAGAUUAUUACAGAAGUCGCGACUUCAAAUUGGAAGACAUCCGGGUCCCCUUACUAUCGGUGGCCAAUUUGGGCAAUACCGGCCUGCACCUACGUGGAAACGUUCUGGGAUACAUGUUCUCCAGCUCGAAGUUCAAGCAUCUACGAUUUUUAGCCGGGAGACAUGAUUUGCCAUUCUAUUAUAAAGACGAGGUGAAGCUUCAGCUGAGCUUCCUGGAUGCGUGGCUUAAGGACCAAGACCGGGUUGGCUGGACUGUUCCUGGAAAAGUAGCACCUGUCAGUGUUCUUCUGCGUAAAGGAAAUGCUGGGUAUAACAGCCCGGAUGGCGAGAAGUGUUUCCAGCGUCGGGAUGAACAGGAAUGGCCGAUUGCCCGUACGGAGUAUGUGCGAUACUAUCUGAACCCUCAACAUGAGCUCACGAAUGACGAAAACGUAACGAAGCUUCCGGAAUCGAAGAUCACUUACAAGGCACUGGGAUCACUUGAUGAACCGCAAUUUGUAACGUUCUCUGCUGUAUUUACCAAGGAAACAGAAAUCACUGGGCACAUUGUGGCGCAUCUGAACGUCUCCGUGGACCACACGGCAGAGCAACAGCAGUCCGGCCCAGUGGCGGAGGCAGACCUGGAUCUGUUCUUGACUCUACGGCAUCUAGACUCCCAAGGACAGGAAAUCUUGUACACAGGUGCAGUUGGUGAUCCCGUAUCUCUCACCAAGGGCUGGCUACGCUGUAGCUUGCGGAAAGUCGACGACAAACAUCCUCAACAUCACAGCUAUUUGCCCUAUCGCCAAUACUUCUCUACUGACGAAGAGCUUCUUACAACCAGUAUUGUCUACGCGGUCGAUGUCGAGAUCUGGCCCACUAACGUCGUGAUGGACGAGGGCGACACCUUGGUUCUAGAGAUUGCAUCUGGCGACACGCUAGGCAGCGGCUUGUUUAGACAUGAAAGUAAAAUAGACAGGGAUCCAGCGCGGUUUGGUGGAUGGAACAACAUUCAUUUUGGCGGAGGGAAAUCGAAUUACAUUGAACUACCCAUCAUACCUCAGAAAUUCUAG